AUGGCUGGCUGGUUCUCCUCGGCGUCGCCGCUCGACGAGCAAAUCGAGCGGGCGACAGCUUCAUCGCUGGAGGACAUUGCCCUCAACCUCGAAAUAUCAGACAUGCUACGAUCGAAGAGUGUUCAGCCUAAAGAUGGAAUGCGGUCUUUGAAACGACGACUGGAGAACAGAAAUCCCAACAUUCAACUCGCAACCUUGAAAUUAACGGAUACAUGUGUCAAAAACGGAGGCACCCACUUCCUGGCCGAGAUCGCCUCGCGCGAGUUCAUGGACAACCUUGUUUCACUUCUCAAAUCUGAGGGGGCGCCGCUCAAUGCCGACGUCCAGGGAAAGAUGUUGGAGCUUAUCCAAAAUUGGGCUAUGGCCGCGCAGGGUCGCAUGGAUUUGGUAUAUCUGGGCGAGACAUACCGCAAGCUCCAGAGCGAAGGCUACCGCUUCCCGCCCAAGACAGAAAUGAGCGGUAGUAUGCUUGAGAGCAGUGCACCUCCCGAGUGGAUCGACUCUGAUGUCUGCAUGCGAUGUCGGACUGCUUUUAGUUUUAUGAAUCGAAAGCAUCACUGCCGCAAUUGUGGCAAUGUAUUCGACGCUCAAUGCUCUAGCAAAAUGAUACCGUUGCCACAUCUCGGCAUUCUACAGCCGGUCAGAGUCGAUGAUGGCUGCCACGCCAAAUUGACCUCCAAACCCUUUGCGCCACCCGGGCUUAUGGAUCGCUCAGCUUUCAAAAACAACUCUAUCAGCAAGUCCAACUCUAUGGAACCUCGUGCUGCUAAAGCAGAUACUGGAUUUGAUGACGACUUGCGCCGCGCGUUACAAAUGAGCCUUGACGAAGCCGAAGGCAGAGGGCCCACUGGAUUUGUACCCCAGACAGGGAACGUCCCCGAACCUGCCAAAAUCCCCGAACCUUCAGACAGCGGGGAAGAGGAGGAUGCAGACCUGAAGGCCGCGAUUGAGGCAUCUCUCCGGGACAUGGAACAACACAAGCAGCAACAUGCUGCGGCUUUGAAGAAUGUCCCUGCCUCAAACUUCGUGUCGCGUGAUUCUUCAAGCACGCCUGCACCUGUUCCCAAGAACCCAUAUGAGUUAACUCCUGUGGAAAUUGAGAACAUCCACCUAUUCUCCACUUUGGUUGACAGGCUUCAGCACCAACCUCCGGGAACCAUUCUCAGGGAGCCACAGAUUCAGGAGCUCUACGAAAGUAUCGGCACACUCAGGCCAAAACUGGCUCGGAGUUAUGGAGAGACUAUGAGCAAGCAUGAUACACUAUUGGAUCUGCAUGCAAAGCUCUCCACUGUUGUUCGUUACUAUGAUCGAAUGCUAGAAGAACGUCUCACCAAUGCUUAUUCCAACCAUAAUAUCGGCUAUGGAGCGAUCCCCGGGGCCGCUCAAUAUCCCCACAUCCAACCCGGAUUCCCUCAGGCUCCUGAUGUCAAAUCGGGUGCCGAGAAUUUCUACUAUGGAAACCAAAUGGACACCUCCCGGCCGCCCAAUGUUAUGUAUGCGCCGCAGGUAAAUAACGAGGGAUACCAAGGCCCGCCCAGCGCAGUUCAGAGUUCUGCUUAUCCACCGCAGCCUCAGCCUGGAGCCCCACAAAACGAGUCCCACAACCAAGCUUGGGGUGCAAGUCCCUAUCCAACUCUGGGCUCCCCUUCGCCCAGCAACAUCGUUCCCAACCACUAUACCACUGGCCCGACACCGAGUGUUCCGGGUCAACAUUAUGCAGGAUCCCAAGGUCCGAACUCGGUAAAAUCGCCAGGCCCAGAAGCUUCGUACCAACCAUCACCUAUCAUGCGGCGAGACUCACAAUAUGAGCCCAGCGCACCUCCUGUUGGCCUGGCAUCCCCGACCGAGCAAUACCCCUCUACUGGUUAUGGGCCGCCUCAGGGAUACACUGUCCCGAAUAACGCACCGGCACCUCAUCAGCAGGCAACCGUCGCGCCUGGUCAAUCCUACUAUUACCCUUCUCACCCUCAACAGCCUCAACAACCUCAACAGCCUCCCCACACUGUGCCGUCUGCCUACCCUCCGACGAGCGACGGCCAACCGGGGACGUAUGCACCCGAGACCUCCGGCCAGCCACCUUAUCAGCAACCUCCUCGACCAGUGGUAGAGGAAAGUUUGAUUGAACUGUAG